AUGGAAGGACUUAAAGAAGAACUGAAAAGAUGGAAGGAAAGAGUUGAAAAAGCUGAAAAAGCAAAAGCUGACCUUCUUUUCUGUAAAUUAAGUGCUGAUGAAGAGUGUGCUAAAGCAGAGGAGGAGCUGAUAAAGCUAAAGGACUUGCAAGAGAAACAGAAUAAGGACAUUUUUAUGUCUAGGGACACCCAACUCCGUAUACUAAAAGAAGAAAAUGCUGAGCUGAAGAGAGAGAUUGCAAAGCUCAAAGAAGACCUUGCAGAAUGCAGUUCAACACUUUCGGAGUAUGGUCAGAUUAAAAAAAAGGUAGCAGAAAUGAAAAUGAAGUUCAGUCACAUGGAAGACAUGAAGAAUGAUUAUCCAGAUUUGAAUAUUCAGUGUGUUUUUGGUGUAACUACAAAAAUCCCAUUCAGACUGAAUCAAAACCAGGCACUGCUUACUUUUGAAGAUGAAGAAGUUGCCCAGAGACUGAUAAAAAUGGGUAAGCACACUGUGAACCUGGACAACAAAAUAGCAGAUGUGAGAGUGAAGCCUUUUACACUUGAAAGGGGAAUCAAAUUUGAGCUCCAUGUCGCUAUUUCUGGAAAGAAGAUCAAAGUUUCAGAAGUACCUGAGCUAUCCAUUCAUGAAGACUGGAUGAGAGACAAAUUAGAGCUGAAUUUCUACAAAUCCGAAAAGGGAGGAGGAGAAGUAGAAAAUGUGAUCUAUGACAAGCAGUCUAGGACAGCUGUUAUUACAUUCCUCAGACCUGGAGCAGCUAACAGCUUUGUGAGAUGUACUAAAUAUCCUUUCUUUGUAAAUGGAAAGUGCUACAGGCUUUCUGUUCACCCAGACACCGACAUACACCUGGAAAAGUUUCAGCUCUAUUGUGGGAUUUCUAAGAAGACCAUUCUGUUGAAAGGAAUUCAAGAGACAGAAGAUGAUGAGGAAAGUGUACAGGACAUGAUUGAAAUUCAUUUUCAGAAGCCUAGUAAUAGUGGUGGGGAAAUAGAGAAAAUCAAGUAUGUAUCAAAAGGAGGAACGUGGGUUUGUUUUGAGGAGGAUACUUAG